AUGGAUGUAGCCUAUGACCACAUCCAAGAGGAGAUCUUCUCCUCCAACGAUUCCGCCAAGAAAGAAAACAACAGCAACAACAAUAACAACCCCUCCGAUGCACCCGCCACCAACUCAGACCGCCCCAAUGUCGACCUUAACGCCGAACUGCAGGAAACCUUCCGCGCUUUCUCCGCGAGUCCCUGGGGUGCACGCAUCGGCGGGCUCUGGGACAAUGUCCGCAAACAAGGCGAAAGCUAUUACGAAGGCGCUCGCCAGGAGUACGCCGCCGCCAGCGAAGAAGCCGCCAAGGGGUUCUCGGAUCUGAAGAGUAGCAUCGUCGGGCGCACGCGGGGGUUGUCCCUGAGCACAGCUUUCAACAAUAAUAUCAUCGGCGCUGGCAGCAGUACAACAACUGAACAGGAGACGGAAACAUCGUCAUCUACGCCCAAGAAUGAGGCCGAAGAGAAGGAGAAGGCUGGACCUUCUGCCAGCUCGGAUAACAGUAAUGAGGGGUUCCUCUCGCGGUUCAAGGCUGAGGCCGCCCGCCGACUUAAGGAGAUCGAAAAGGCAGAGGAAGCAGCCGACGAAGCUAUCCUGCGCUUUGGGAUGAAUAUUGGACAGAAAUUGAAGGAUGCAGUUAGCAUUGUGCCGCCGUCUACGGAGUCGUCGUCGGAUAAGCUACUGUUUGAAAGUAAGGAUGCAGAUGGGAAGCGCGUUAUCCAUGCUACGCGGUUCGAGGCGCAGCUUCAUGUCAUCCAUUCGAAUUUGGAGAGUUUUUCGAAGGACCCCGUGAGUGAUGAGUGGCCUGCUUUCAAGCAGUCCUUCAAUGUGGACGAUAAGACGGAUGCUAUUGCCGCCGACUUGGAGAAGUAUCCGGAGCUGCGCUCCGCCAUGGAGAAGCUUGUUCCCGAGAAGGUGGAAUACGCGGUCUUCUGGUGCCGGUACUAUUUCUUGCGUUUGGUUAUUGAGACUGAGGAGCAGAAGCGGAAGGAGCUUCUUAAGGAUGUCAACGUCGAUGAGGAAGAAGUCAAGUGGGAUGAUGAUUCCGACGACGACACCGACUCUCCCUCUACGCCUCAAGUCCAGCAAUCUACCUCAACCACCAAGGCCACCUCUGCCACCCCUACUGCCACUGCUACCGAGAAGGAUACCCUGAAGCCCACAGAACCCCGCCGGUCCAACGACCAACAGUCCCAGCCCGACAGCGAAUCCAGCUACGACCUCGUCAGCGGUGCGACCAGCCGCACUCCUGCCAGUCCCAAGGAAAAGGCCAAGGACGAGGAAAGCGAUGACGACUGGGAGUAA